AUGCUCUCCCAUUUCGAGUUGAGCAAUGAAACGAUCGUCCAGGCCGAUGCCUCUGACUAUGGACUGGGCGCAGUCUUGCUUCAAAAGAAUGUGGACGGAAAAGUUCAGCCUCUAAUGCAAGCUGCGAGGUCACUGACGAAAGCAGAAAGAAAUUACAGUCAGAUAGAAAAAGAGGUUUUGUCUAUAAUCUUUGCUGUCCAAAGAUUUCAUCAGUUUAUAUAUGGCAGACAUUUCACUUUACACACUGAUCAUCAGCCUUUAAAGUUUCUUCUAGGGACGAACGCUGGCAUACCGCAGACUGCAGCGAAACGGAAUCAGCGAUGGGCAACAAUCCUCUUGAACUAUGAUUUCACCAUUCAGUACAUACCCACGCAGAAAUUUGGAGCCCCAGACGCGUUGUCGAGGUUAAGCGAAGACAAAGAAAGUCGGGAAGAGGUAGUGAUAGCACAAAGUCUGGCCGAAGAUGACGCAGAACUUAGGGAAGUUAUUCGACAGGUUCUCAUCACAGCCGAGCACAUCAGAGUUGCAACAAUGGACGACCCGCUACUAUUCCAGGUUAGGGCAUUCAUACUGUGUGGCUGGCCUGAUGACGACAUAACCCACGCAUACAUAAAGGCUUUUAAGAAUCGAAAGGAUCAGUUGUACUUUGUGCAGGACUUCUUAAUGUACGAUUUCCGAGUGAUUUUGUCGGAUAAAUAUAGGGCACAAGUAUUGCGGGAGCUACAUACUGGACACCCGGGUAUAACGCGGAUGAAACAGUUAGCAAGGAAGUACGUUUACUGGCCCGGAAUUGACGAAAAUAUUAAAACUAUUGUCCGUAGUUGUAGCUCGUGCGGACGUUUCGCAAAGAACCCUCCGAAAAUCCCACCAGUGUCGUGGCCGGAAGCCACGAAACCCUGGAGUAGGAUCCACCUGGACUACGCGGGUCCAUUUUGCAACAAGAUGUUUCUCAUCGUGGUUGACGCGUGGUCGAAAUGGCUGGAGGUUUUCGAUGUAGCGGUAAUCACGGCGGAAAACCCAGUGCAGAAAACUAAGGAGUUAAUCUCGAGGUUCGGAAUCCCGACAGAGAUUGUGACAGAUAAUGGGACCCAGUUUACGUCGAGCACAUUUCAGCAGAUGUGUCAAAAGUCGGGGAUCAAACACAUAAGUUCGCCGCCUUUCCAUCCUCAAUCCAAUGGCCAGGCGGAAAGGUUUGUCGGCACAUUCAAAAGAGCAAUGAGAAAGAUGUGGAACUCAGGCGUCAAGAUGGAGCAUUUAAACACAUUUCUGUUGGCCUAUCGAACGACGCCGAAGACGGAGCUAGGUGGAUGAACUCAAGCAGAGAGAUUUCUGGGCAGACAACCCGAUGUGCGUCUGCAAUAUCUGAAACCUGUGGUCCGAGAGGUUCAGCCGCGAAAAUCCUGUUUCGUGGAGGGAGAAGAGGUAUAUGUACGGGAUUACGUUCCAGGAAGUGAACCCUGGAUAGAGGGUAUAAUCAAAAGGACCCAUGGGGUAGUUUUCGAAGUUGAGACAAGUUGAGGACGUGUGAGAAGACACGCGAACCAGUUAGGACACCGAAUGACGUCAGACAACCAACUGGCCAUGGACCUACUUUGUGACACUUUCAGUAUCCCGAGUCCGAAGGUUGAGACUCCAAAUGUGGUCCAGGCCCCUAGACGAUCCUCUCGAACUAGACGCUCCCCGAACAGACUUAUGAUCCACCCAAAUUGUCGAAUAUACGAGGUCUACUCUUUGAAAGCGGGUGGUGUUAGGACGGCCCAGAACACGACGCACCGUUCCAGUCGUCCGGGGGUCACGCCUGACAAAGAACCGAAAACUCGCCGGACAGCCUCGCCUAGGAAGCCCGCAUGCGAGCCAGACAUUUGUACGCCGCUGAGUCAUGCGCGACCUCCAGGGACCAGCAAUACGCGAGCGCCUGCCCAUGCGGGCGCUCAGGACUGGACCAGUAGGAACACGCAAACCAGACGAAGGCUGAACCCUUAAAUGCGAAGCCACGGACGGAAGGAUUAAGAGUUGAUGUACACAGGGUGACUGACGCAGUAAAGCUGUUCUCUCCUAUCCUGUCUGUCUUCUAUUCCGCACAGAACUGGCGUCAUAUUAAUUGAGGAUAUAACACUUGCCCCCAAAAUAUAACUUUUUCCGCGAUUUCCGAUCAACUCGCUCAACCGAAUUAUUAACACACCUUAAUUCCCACGACUGGACUGAUUUCUUCCUUAGUUCGGAUGUAAAUGUUUGCACUGCAAAACUGUGCGAAAUUUGGGAUCCGCUUAUUUCUCGUUUUGUCACCCGUAAGAAAAUUAGUAAUGUUGGUGAUGAGGUUUUCCUACACUUACCCUUUCGUCGUUGAUUGCGCAGACUUGAUCAUCGAUUCCAUCUUCAGAACGACGUUUCUGUCCUGCCCUUGACUUGUGUUAUUUUUGAGUGGGCUAAGAGAUUGUCUGAAGAAAAACAGCUAGCCGAAGAUGUCCAUUUUACCGAAAGCCAUUCGUUAAAUGUCUCGAAACUAUUCUCUAGAAAAAUACGAACUCACCGAAAGACGCAACAUCUCAUCCUCCGAGACCUGUCAACUCUCUUUCUUGGACUAUGUUCUCCAAUCUAGGGACAAUGGUUUUGCACUUUACACUGUAUAUUUCGAUUUCACUAAGGCUUUUGAUCGUGUUGACCAUGCUCUUCUUCUCUUGAAACUGUCCUCUUUCGGAAUAGGUGGCAGACUUUUGAAUUUUAUAUUCUCUUACCUGGGUACUCGUACACAACGAGCUCAGAUUUCCAAUACCAUCUCCAACCCCACACGUGUGAGGGGUGGAGUCAUUCAGGUUAGUAUACUCGGCCCGCUUUUAUUUUGCCUUUUCGUUAAUGAUGUACUCGAUUUAUUUCAGAAUGGUAAGCCUUUCAUGUAUGCCGAUGAUCUUAAAGUUGCAUAUCGAUAUAAGCCGGCAGAUCAUUACAUCGUGCUUGAGCUCCUAAAGAGCGACCUUCAGGCCUUCCCCCAGUGGUGUCGCAUAUGGCGCCUUUAUUUUUCUUGGCAUAAGUGCUCAGUCACGGUGGCUGGCGACGACCGCCAACCUUAACUAAUCAUUGAAGGUCACGCCAUAAAUGUGUCUGGGUUUAUUAAGGAUCUGAGCGUAUCAUACUCCAAGAGUUUCAAUCUCUCGAAGCACUGUGCCUUGAUAGUCUCCAAAGCACGUAGAACGACCGGGUUUAUCCUCCGAAAUUUAAAAACUAGGGACAUUAGAAUGCGCUUUUACAACAUGUACUUUAUACCUGGCCUGGAAUACUGUUCGUUUUUAUUUAGCCUUAUGUGCGCUACUCAGCGGAAGAAAAUAGAAUCCGUUCAACAAUUUUUUACCAAGAGAGUUUUAACCCCAGACCGCCGACAUUUGUCUUAGCAAGAUCGUUGCUGGCUUUCAGGCCAUGAUCGUCUAUGGUUCCGUAGAUUAUAAAAGGGACUGGUUUUGUUAUUUAAGCUCUAAUAUAAUCACACAUUUAACCCACUCACCUCUUUAAGACAUCAUGUCCAUCCCGACGUAACAGUCACUGUAAGGUCUUUUUAUUUCUGCCUCUGGCACAUACUGUUAAAUGUCGUCGAUUCUUUUCUGUAAAUGCAAUUGCUAUUUGGAAUAACUACCCAGGAAUAUAAAAAAUCUGCAAAAUUAUCCUUUAUUUAAGGGAACUAUUAGUCGAUUUUUGCAUUCAGAAAAGCUCCCACAAAUUUUGGGCGCUGAAUCCACCGAACGACUGUACCGUAGCGAUGGCGUUUGUGGUCUCUGAAUACUAGAGCCUGCCUCACCAAUGACAAUUUCUUUGGCCAUCAGCGCCAGUUGUUCUUUGGAGCCUCUAUUUUAACUAUCCCCAACUUCACGAAAGGACUUGACGUCUGAUAAUCUCCGAUACCGUGCAACCCCUCCCUUUUUGACGGUCGAAAGCUUGUCGCCAGCAGUUUUUUUUUCUCCUGAACCCUCCAAUCCAUAAAACCACCAUCAACUAUAUUUGUAUUCUUUUUCCACAGGAUUUUUUUCACUGCUGGCUGGAUUUGUGUUUAACGCUUCCCUGAAAAUGCCUGUAAACUGGCAUUAAAUAAAUAAAAUCAAAUAAAAAUCAAAUCAAACAUCGUUUAUCCAUAUAAUCGCGGUGCGUAAUGUUAGGACAAUAUAUUCACGAAAUUCGCAGAAAUUAUGAAAGUAGACUUCUCUUUAAAACAGUCAGAUCAAAGUAGAUUAAUACCGGUUAGCAGCAUAAACAGGUGUUUCCGCUCCUCCAUCUUGCAGAAAAUCAGGAAAAUAUGUCAGGCUGCUGGUUUUUCCUCCGUCGCUGGUACUUACCGUUGAGGUGUGAAAGGGACUACGAACGACGGGUUUGACCACCCGCCGCGCACAAAACAUGCCUUUCAAAGCAAGUUUUUGUAAUCCACUGUCUACUUUUUUAGACUACUUUUGUGUGAGCACUCUGACUCAUCUUGUUUUCCUAUGCUGCGCAACAUCCUUUUCGUUGGUGUAGACAGUUGUGGGAAUUGUGCUUUGGUGCGUGUUGUCGUCCGCGCUUGCCGUAAAUAGCUGACGACGCGGGGCCUUUUCCUGAGUUGUGUCUCUAAUGUUGGUCCUGCCGUCCUGCCAGAAUGCGCCUCAAGUUCUCAAAAUUUGUUAAGUUACUGGUGGCCUCUUUUUGUGUAUUUGUUACUUACAAAUGUCUUCACUAUGCCAGCACGAAUUUCGGUAGCCGCCCGCAAUUGACCAGUUAUCACAAUGAAAGCAUCCUUAUCGACUGGCAUGACUACAAAUUAAUUGCCCGUGAACUCACGCGGAGCGGUCCAGGCGAGCAUGGGAAAGCAGUUAUUUUGUAUGGAAAAGAUGCCGCUCUCUCCAAGCAGGUUUUUACGGAGAAUGGGUUUUGCCGAGUCGUUAGCGAUAAAAUUGCUCUUGAUAGAGCUAUUCCGGACUUACGCCAUCCUGACUGCCGCAAGAAGUUGUACCAUAAAAAUCUGCCCACGGUUUCAGUGAUUAUUCCAGUUUUUGAAGAACAUUGGACCACUCUUUUAAGGACUAUCACUACUGUCAUCCUUCGUGCUCCCGCAUCUUUAUUAAAGGAGAUAAUUUUGGUUGAUGAUGGCAGUUUUAAGCCCUUCCUAAAGAAGCAGUUGGACGAAUACUGUCAGAAGAAUUAUCCAAAUAAUUUUGUUCGUGUGAUUCACCACGAAAAGAGAGUGGGGCUGAUAAGGGCAAGGUUGACGGGUGCCAAAGUGGCCACUGGUGAUGUUCUUCUGUUUCUGGAUUCUCAUGUCGAGCCAGGGACGAACUAUCUUCCGCCCCUUCUUGAGCCCAUUUCUUUGGACUAUAGAACUGUCGUCUGUCCCUUCAUUGAUGUCAUUGACAUGCAUAACUUUGAACUGCGUCCUCAAGAUGAAGGAGCCCGAGGCGCAUUCGAUUGGAUAUUGAAUUACAAACGCCUUCCAAGACUACCAGGGGACGAACUUCACCCUGCUGAUCCAUUUGACAGUCCCGUGAUGGCAGGAGGCCUGUUUGCAAUAAGUGCCAAAUGGUUCUGGGAACUGGGUGGAUAUGAUCCUGGUCUGCUCAUUUGGGGUGGUGAGCAGUAUGAACUUUCAUUCAAAGUAUGGAUGUGUGGAGGCCGCAUGAUUGAUACGCCUUGUUCCCGAAUCGGUCAUAUUUACCGAGGUGAGGCCCAUUUUCCCAGUGCUGGUGCCGGGGACUUUCUUGCUAGAAAUUAUAGGUAAGUGAGUCUUAAAGUUGAUCUGGUUUUAGACGUCUCAUGGACGUGUGGAUGGAUGAGUACGCAGAGUAUGUUUACAAGCGGCGCCCGUACUACAGGGGUGUAGAUCCAGGCGAUCUAACCGAGCAACGUGCCAUCCGAAAGAAACUUAACUGCAAGCCAUUCAAGUGGUUCAUGGAAAACAUAGCUUUCGACCUCCCCAAGAAAUAUCCACCUGAGGAUCCAGUUCCAGGUGCACUUGGUCAAGUUAGGAUCGGGGAUGGUCUGGCCUUCUGUCUCGCUGUCGGUCAUCAAAGAGAAGUCAUAUUGGCGCGUUGUGACGACAAGUCUGUCCAAAGUCAAUUCCAGUAUACUUGGCGAAAGGACGUGGCACUUGUGGGAAGGUUAGUUUAUGCUGCCUGGCGUUUUCCUUUACCGUACCUUUAGCAUUAAAUGUCGACAGAAUUGUUGGCUACAAAAUGACUUUAUUAUUCUUACAUCUGUUGCUAAAAGAUUAAUUGUUCCAUAUCCUUUUAUUGUCUACUGCCCAUGGCUUAGACAAGACUGUCGUUAGAAUGGAUUUUCUCCCUCAGUGAGGGUCUGCAUGAGAGGCUCUGAUAUCAGUCGCGUAAUGGUGGCACUACUUCGAUUUUGUUAGACAAUAGCACAUUAUUCAUCCAGAGGAUUCUCUCCUCGUGGCUUUUCCUUAUUAGUAAGACGCAAUGGAGUGUCUCUUUUACACUUUUUGUGAGGUCCGUUGCCGCAUCUACAAAAAUCCUUUGAGUUGCAAAACUUUUGUACCGGCAAAUGUCGAGGGACACUUUCAUUUACAUCCGGAAAUUUUUAUACUAGAAAGCAUUGCAUUAUAUUCGCAUCAGGUUUCACUACUAUUCCUUCCAAUAUGCAGACUAGAUUUAGUGGUUUGUCUUUUCAGGCCACUUUCAGGGAAAGUUGCCACUUCUGACUUUUCUCACCGUUUUGGUUUCGAGCAAGCGCUAGUCUCUUUGAGGUCUUAAUCGAAAUCGUCCGUGGGUUUGAAUUUUGCAGUGUCCCCACACCCUUGCUCUCCCCCUGUUACGUUAGACAUAAACUGUCCGUACCUUGAUCCACGACGUGCGUUACUUGGACGGAGCUGAUUCUCCAUGAGUCCUUCGUCAUUGAUUUGCGUGCGUAUGGUGCGCGUUAAAUGCGGGCUUCACGCCACGUUGGCUACUGUACCUAAUCUCAUCGUCAGUCGACCAUAGGACUCCAGCAGGCCACUGGUGCAUGGGAGAAGAGAGGGCGACAUUGAGGUAUUCUUCCUCACGAUAAUUAAGCGUUUUACUCACUGUUAUAGAUUGGACACACGCGAAGCUAUAGUGACAUGUCUGGUCGUGAUUGGAAAUUUUGCCAGCUAAGAGGGGAACGCGGUCAGUUUGACUCGGAUAGACAACCGGGAUACGGGAGACGAACGAGUGAAUAUGGUGGGUCUGGCGCCUAGUUUCCCAAUUCCAGACGAGCCAAUGCACCUCAAAACUAUCACGUCGCGCUGACAGUGUGGGUUUAGAAGGUUGCGGGCUGACAAGUUAACUCCGUCCUCUACCAGAAAGAGGAUGAAACUUCAACGGGCCCGUAAUGUGGCCUUUGCUUCGGGACGCCAUCACUGAGCACUCUCAUUACGGAUUCAGCAACCACAUCACACGUAGCACGCGUAAGCACGUUGUUUAACCCUGUCAGCGCUGCACCGGCGCCAUUUUAUACCCGUUUUAACAUCGUAUUGACGUCAUUGCAAGUUGUUAAAUUUUCAGCUGCUAUCUGAAGUCGACAUUUAAAACGCACUAGGUCAUCAUUCCACUUAUUGGCUUAACUUCAAAAUAACCCACUUUUCUAUCCAGUUACAUUGGAUUCGUGCAAAUACUCGCAGACUAUCGCCUGAACUCCUCCGAAAUUGUUGGCAUGCCCUUUUUCAGGCGAUUUACUUCUUUUAUUUGCACUUUUCUUUGAACUGCCAAAACUGGGUUAGGCGUCCAUUCCAAUCUUAGUGCACCUUGGCCGAUCAAAGCAUGCCAGACGCCUUACAGCAAGCUUAUACAGAACAUGCUUUUUACGAUUGAAAUCAGGGUCUUCAGCAUUCUAAAUCGACAUGAGCUUUAAGUAGCGUGGUUGGCAAGAUUUGUUUGCGAAAUUGUUUGUUCUGGUCGGGUUAGGCUUAGACACAGGGCGUCUUCUAUUUUUAACAACCACAGGGAGACGGAGAGGGCGUAUUGUCGCGUGUUCCUGUUUCGUUGAUACCGUGUUCUUUUCUAUGAUAGCGAGGACUGCCUGACCUAUUUCUCUUCGAGUCUCAUCAUGCGUCCUUGUCACGGGCGUCAUGGAGACCAGCAUUGGCACCUGGACUUCCAGCGUAGAUUCGAUUCCAAUCCUGUGCGAAUGAGGUUUGCUCAGGAUUCUUGCCUCGAGGCUGAACUAAUCUCUCUUACGGUCAGCUUGAAGCCGUGCGCGCCUUCGGUUGCUAUGCAAAAAUGGCACUGGAGUACACUUCAGCACAAGCGAGCCAUUAAGAUGGCCAGGGAGCUACGAGUGCCCUGACCCGCAAUUUCCUAAUACUACUUCACCUUGUCGCUCAUCAUACUUUCAACUGACUCUAGGUCCAACUAACGUUAACCAUUAAUUUCCAAACUUGUGCCAGUUCAUAUGUACAUUAGGUGAUUUUCCCCGGCUUUUUCCGUGAAAUGGCACAGAGCAUGGCAACAGUAAUAAUGAUAGUCUUUGUGCAUAUAUCUUUGUCUAUCUCCUUUUCCAGUACAAUGGACGUUCAACUGUCCUUGUUUCUGUAUAAUGUUGACUUGUUAUUUUUCAUAUUUGUUUUUGGGCGUGUAGGAAGUAGUUAGUGGAGGAGGCGGACAGAAUGACAAAAGCCAAAUAGGUGGUGUGCUUACGCUCAACCCAGUGCCUGCUUGCAGGCUAUAUUUCACGAUCGGGAUCCACGUUCGUUGUCCCCUUCCAAACUAUGACGUACCACGGCAGGAGUACAUGUCAACUGGCAGGGCUCGCCCGUGUCUGUUUACCGAGAUCACUUUUAUCCUUGAGUUGGAAUCGUGUACAACCUGCCGUCCGCUGGCAAAAGCGACGAGUUCUACGUCAUAACUGCAUCCCAUUUUAUUGGUACACGGUCAGCCGGAGACUACUUCAUUUCGUUUAUAUUCUAUUAUGUUGCCGUCAGCCUCAGACAUGUUCUGCUAGAACUCGGCCUUAAAACCUCUGCCUACUAGAUAGGAAGCUGAGAGACUGGCUUCUUUUUUACCCUGCCUCGGCUACAAUUACGUUUAUUUUUCAUCACUUCUUUGACGUAAUUUGAAACGUUUACGACAGUUUCUUGCAUCCGACGAAAACCACACUCUUCUUCCUUCAAGAAAGAUGGCUUGCGUGCAAACUGAGCUAUAAUAAGGAAGGCUUGUACAGCCUUAACAGACUCCAUUGUCAUCUUGUUCCUGUGCAAGUAAGUUAUUGGGCGCCUUAAUUGACCAAAACACUGUCCCCUGUUUACGUUUUUCGCUACACUGCUCGAGUUGAGCGGACUUCGGACAACCCACCGGCCACCGAGUAUUAACACUACCGUCGUACAAAAACGCAUUAAAAGAUACCGCUUUUACAGGCUACAUUAUUCCAGCUGACCCCGGCCUGCCUCAAAAUGCUUUAGUAGGGUAGAUCCCAGAGCCCGGACCAUGUCGCAUUGCGUCCGUCGGCGCUUGACCAUUUAAUCUUUUGUCGACAUUUUCAUACCACGUUUUAUUGUCUUAGAGUCGAAACCAAUUACUUCUUUUUAGGAGCUUUAAAGUUCACGUGGCCGUUAAUUGUUAAAGAUGAAAACAGCAGCGAACGAACGGUAGCUAUCACGCGUUUGACCACGCUGCUGGCUAGAAGUAAAGUCCUGGAGGCAGGUGCAUAAACUUCCAAAUGCGGCCGGGAGAUCGAUGCGCCGGUCGAUAGAAUUAUUAUCACAGUUAUAAGGUUCAGGUUCCCCAUAGCUUGCGAUACUUUUUGAGCCAGCACUUUUCGUCUGUUCUGCGAACUUGGGAGCAUAACUCGCUUCAGUCGUACAGGCAACAAUUUGGGGUGUUUAGUCUCCCCGCCACGGCCAACUCAUGCUCAUAUGUGCGUGGUCCCAGCUCACGUCCGUUGUGAUUUGUAUGCGUGAAAAGACAGCGACUGAAAUACACUAUUGCACCCGAUUGCUCACCGGCAUCUGACUCACCUUGUUCAGCUCCGCACAGUGGCCUCGAACCAGCGUGCUGUCAUCGAUACACUACCUCAGUGACUCGUGCAAACUUGUGAUCGUGGUAUUCGGGAGGCCUCCUGUUAUCACGCUCCAGCAACUAGCAUGGAACUAGCCUUCCGCCCCCUAUUCGCGUUUACUCCCGUUUUUACUCGGUCUGCUUAGCCCGAGACAGUAAAUACCUAGUAUACGCAAUUUCACUUUGAUUGGCACAUUAUGUGAUCUCAUAAGUCGCAUUUUUAGUCACUUAAAAAGCAUACAUGCAUGCGAGAACAGGAUAUUGAGUAAUCAACUUUUGCUGUUUCUUGCAUUGAUUGACCAGGAUAAGGACUAACUAAGGUGACUGGGCUUCAUUGGUGCGAGCCUCUCAUGCGGGGAGUAAGUUGGUUUCCUGCACACGAAGUGCGGUCAUUGCCUACAGCCAUCAUGGCCAUGUCUGGCGUCCUUAUUUGAGGCCCCGUUGCCUCGAGGCUAUUCACCUUCACAGCAAGCGGUUCCAGACGCACUGACCCCCAGCCACUCGACUUAUACAUGCGCGUUUACAGAGUCGCGGCGGCCCAUGCAUCACUUGAACACCCCCUUGGCAAACGCAACACACACCAAUCGGAGACGGCUUGAGCCUGUUCCCCACAAACCUACAAAAGCGGCUGUCACCACUGUCUCACUAACUCUCAAGCAUGGCUGGACGCAGUCCUGCCAUGCUUCGCCGGCGGCUACUGCUGCCUGAUAGGGCAACUGAGGAUGAUGUAUAUAAUAGAUCCCUCAAUCUGGCGGCAUCUGCCUUCCUACAAAUCUGGAUGUGGCGUUCUGAGUGCUCGCACUGCUUAGGCGCUACAUUAUCACUCAGUUUUUGUAUAACUUCUCCUUUCCCUUGCCUUGCAACGCAGGCCUGGAGUUUGGACAAUUAUUAUUGACCACUUUCGUAGCCUAAACUUGAUUUGCCUCUGCAGGACACUUCACUUUCACCAUUGAAUGCUUCUUUCCCUGCAUUUCUUUCAAUCUAGCUCAGAUAAGAGGUAUUUAAGACGCUGUUAGCUGCGUGCUGGUGCUCUCUAGCCGAUGUCGCCUCCGCUGUUACCUUGUUAUGAGGAGAGAUCCAUCUCAAGUCCUAUUAGUAGUUUUACUUUUAUUGCUGCCAACUCUGGGUCCACUCAUUUAUCAGACCAGUUAUUUUGCGCUGGGCUGAACAGUAGUCCAUGUAGAAGACAGUGCUAGUCGAGCCCUGCUCACGAAGUGUUUAAUGUAUUUGUGUUGAUUCACUAAGGAUCGGUCCCCUCGAUGCCACCGUCCUACAGGAGGUCAAGUCAGAGCGCGCGGACGAUAGUCGCUCGGUCAACCGAAAGCCUGGUUAGAUUAUGGCCAGCCAGACAGCAGUUGCGUGGACUGGCUUUAUGGAGGGGCGGCUUCCUGUAGUUCCUGGGUUUGGAGUUGAAUAGUUCCAUCCACCACGUCGCAACAUUAGAUUAAGUAUGAAGGAUUGUACCAGACGGUGAUUAAAGCUUUAUUAAAUGCCAGGCGGCACCAGCUGUGUUAUAACGUUACUACGUUUUGUGAGUUCUCUUUAGGCAAGCAACUUACCUGACCGGCACCCGACCAGGUCGUGGAGCAUCACUGCCGCACGACCCACGAGAGUACUUAUCCCUCAGACCCAAAAGCCAGCUUAUUUCGCAUCUGACUAUCGUCAAACGCCGUUCCGUCCCGCCAUUUGCAGAUGCGUCGGUUGCCCCCCAGCAAAGCUGACUAAGAGGCCCGUCUUUUCAGAAACCAAAACCGGUGAACAGUACAGAAGCGAAGGCCGAAUGGGCUGCGCAGGGGCUACGUAAAAAAUAUCGUGGCGAGACUUUAUCCAGUCUAGUUAUGAGGCCUCGGACCCAUAUACCGUUUUGGCAGUCAUUUAAGAGCCAUGGGACGUGCCCCAAAACGGUAUUCAAGGGUAGACUACAGCAAACGGGACGCUGCCUUACCUCAAGUAAGGGACUUCAGGAGGAACUUUUAGUGGUUAUGGAAUUGCCCCUCCCUAUUCCCCACUGCAGGCUUAACGUUGUAUUGACCGUUUCACAGUUCAGUGACUCCGGUUCCUCACUGGAUCUCAGUUCUCGAACAGAAAGUCCGGGCUUUUAGUCACCAGAAUUUACGCAUUUCAAAAGGGAGGAUUACCACAUUCCGGACAAGCGGCCUGACCGGCUGUCUUUGUCACCAGCCCCGCGCCUUGAUCUCCCAUUGCUUGCACUAGCUGCUGCGCCACCAUUAAUGCCAUUCCCGCUUGAAAGUCCACUUGCUUCUGGAAGCCCCGCUGUUCUGUAACUUGAAUGUCUCCCAAGGACUCGGGUAGUUUCUUCAUCACCUCAGCGCUUCUCACCUCUAGACCACCGAUUUAAGAACCUCAAAUGAGCUGAAAUUCAUGUUCUGACAGCCUUUUUCCUAAGUCAGUUGUCAGGAGCCACAAAUGAGCAUGUGCCAUUACCCGCAGCCGUGAUCAGACUGACUUGUAUGUUCCCGUUAUUGUCUCAGCUAUCGCCACGUGUGCAGAAUUUGAUGUCAAAACAAACGAGCCUACACCCCCAUGCAGGGUUCUUCCGUCAUACCCCAAUUCACUGAAAAACCAGGAUGCUGUAAUUUUGUGCUGACUGCGGCUACGGCACCCUCACCGUUGCGCAAACUGCGCAUAUGGGAGCAUCCAACAGAGCCACAUUGCUACCUAACUUUUUUGUUUUGAUCAUACAGCGAGGACUGCCUGGACGUGGUUUCUGGCACAGCACCCGCCAAAGUCAGUCUAUUUGGUUGCCAUGGUUCCCAGGGCAACCAAUGGUGGGAACUGAAAUUCGUGAGGGCCAAGGAUGUCAAUCCCGUGCAGCUGCAUCACGUCACACACCAACUCUGUUUAGAGGCCGACCCGGUCUCCAUGACCGUCAGCAUGAACGUCUGUUCGCGCACAGCCCUUCAACGGUGGCACUGGGACACCUUGUCGGGGAAAAAGGCGCACUCGAAAUGA